GGUAAGCGCGGGCUACGCUCGCUCGGGUCGAAGCCGCAGCCGCCGUCACUGAACUUGUGGGCGGCAGCGACUGUGCGCUUUGGUCGCUCACGUGAAAGGCGCUUCAUCUGCGGGGGUCGUAAACUCGUCAGACGGGCAAACGGGCUGCAGUAGCGUGCGAGUUUACAGGGUCACGGGCGGCAGACAGGUGCGGUCACGGAGUGUCAGUGAGGCCGAGCCGAGUGAUCGUGCCCUCCGUAAAAGGCGCUCUGUGCGGGGCUUGGCAGACCCCAUUAAAACGGGCACAAGUGUACUCACUAAACGAGUACAGCUCUGGUGGGGGGGUCUGAGUGACUGUCUUCGUGAGCCCCCCACGCAUGUUGCCGGCGCACCUCCUCGGUUUCUUGAGAGGGGGACAGGUUGGUCUCUGCUGCCGCACACUGUUCGGUACACUUUAGUUGUGCUGUCGCCAAACCUGUGACAUUAGGGGGCGCACUGAUUCAGUUUAGAGUCCGUCUCGUCCCCAAACCGCCACCUGUAAGGCGCUCUGUGGUUUUCACGUUUGCCACCUUUGUGUCCUUUUGUCACUUUAACGUCCGGUUCAUUAAACACGCGCCAUGCUGUAUGUAGCGCCUUUCAUGUGAUCGCAUAGCCGCCCCCUGUGAGAUGGCAAGACUCCUGUCGUCUUCUGCUUCUCAUCCUUUCUUUCAUUUGCAGGGUGCAAGAUGGUGUGCCGCUGUCUGCCCAGACUGACCUGCAGGCUGGCAACAUCCGCAAGCUGCCAUUUUAGGAGGCCUGGGCCUGCCAGUCUGCCAUGUGGCAGCAGAUUGCUCUCUGACUUUGCCUGCUCGAAGGCCCCCUUUGUGACCAGGAGAUGGUCCUGUUAUAAGGGCAGAGUGGACCAUGGUGUGCGGACUCUGAGCUCGGUGCCAUCUCCCGGUGCCACCCCAGGACUCUACGAGAGGUUUGCCGACUCUGCUGUGGUUCACUUCACAGAAGACGUCCUCACUUCGGUGCAGCAGACCACAGGCCUCCCGUGGUGGGCCACCGUUGUGUGCACCACAGUCACCCUGAGGACAGCCGUCACGCUGCCCCUGGGGGCGUAUCAGUCAUUGAUUAUCGCAAAGGUUGAAGCCCUGCAGCCAGAGAUCGCAGAGUUGGCCAAGCAGUUGCAUUACGAGGUCUCCGUGCGGGCGCAGCAGAGAGGCUGGGCACAGAAGGAAGCGCGGUUUCACUUUAAGAAGACCCUGCGACGCAUUGUGGCCGAGCUCUACGUGCGGGACAACUGCCACCCGUUCAAAGCCAGCCUUCUCAUUUGGGUCCAGCUGCCCAUGUGGCUCAUUGUGUCCUUUGCCCUGCGGAACCUGAGCCUGGGGACAUCCGACACCGGGGCAGCUGUACAUGAAGCCCUUGGCACCGGUGGGGCACUCUGGUUUCCUGACCUCACACUGCCUGACACCACGUGGCUCAUGCCUGUGUCCCUCGGUCUUCUCAACUUGCUCAUCAUCGAGAUCUUCGCCUCAAGGAAGUUGGAGCCGACAAAGUUCCAGACGUGGGUCACUCACUUUAUGCGUGGCAUUUCGCUCGUCAUGAUUCCGGUGGCAGCCACAGUCCCUUCGUCCAUGUCGCUCUACUGGCUCACCUCCAGCGCCGUGGGCCUGCUGCACAACCUGCUGCUGCGCUCGCCCACCCUGCGCCGGCUCUGUCACAUUCCCCGCGGCCACAACGACUCGGACACUCCCUAUCGAGACCUCUGGGGGGCUCUGCGGGCCAGGCUGCCCAGGUAGGAUGGUGCACCCCCGCUGCACUGCACCGUGGCGGGUUCAAUGGACUGAGCGGCUCUGGGGUUUACUUUGGCAUAAGAGCGAGGGGUGCGGGCACAGACACCCCACCAGACAAGGCACCUGGGGGGACAGACUGAAGUGAUGUCGCCCCAACUACAGACAGGUGGUCUGCUCUUACUGGUGUGUGACAGUUUGUGGAGGUGACCGCAAAUGUACAAGACAAAGGGGCGGUGGGCACAAGACUGAAAUAAAAGCUGUGUGAAUCAAA